UGCGUUGAGGGAAAAAGCAUUGAAUAUUCCUGUAAUCAUGGCCCGUCAUAGGAAUGUGCGGACUAUGAACUACGAAGAUGAAUGCUAUGAUGAUGAUGAUUACCUAGGACAUUCAGUGGAGGACAAUUAUUGUAUAUCUCCAGGAACAGCUGCCCAAUUUACUUUUAAUCGUGAGAAGGACUUUGAUUUGUCCACAUACAUGGGAAAUGAAAGGAUCCCAGAAGAAGAAGAAGGCUUUGACAGUGACACAGACCCUUCAUCCCUCAAUGACUCUCACGGGUACAAAAAACCAAACCUUAGUGACACAGAUCAAGGAAAGUUGAAUUCUUGUUUAGAAGAAAUACGGAAUAUACUUGGAGAUAGCACCCCUGACCAUGUGUUAUGUCAGACCAUCAUCAAAAAUAAGUACGAUUUACAAGCCAGUCUCAACGAAUUACUUAAAUCAGAUGAAGCUCCCAAGCCCCAGAGACAGCCAAGACAAAGUCGACGAAACAGAUCACAAGAUUUUGCACCCAACCCUCCAACAGUAGAACUGAAGACACCCGGGAAGAAACAGACAUCACCAAUAAAGCCAGAUGAGGAUACAGCAACUGCUGUUUCUCAGAUCAGAAUAAACAGUAGUAAAGAGCCAUUGCGUGGGUUUGAGCCCAGUUUGCCUGAAGCUGCGGCCAAGCCUGCAAAGGGAAGUGUUGAUCCAGAUCUUAAAACUAUUGACCAUAAGGACAUAUGUGAUGGAGUCCCACCCCCUAAAGUUGCAGAGUCUGCAGGAAGUAGUUCAGAUAAAACACCUUUACAAACCCCUAAGAAAGAGGCAUCAACACCUCAGGUGGCAAAAAGUGCAUCAAAGUCAAAACAUGAUAAGGCAAGACUAAAAGAAGAAUAUGACAAAAGACAGGGUGACAAAGAGCUUCUCAACAUGGUUGUUAUAGGUCAUGUAGAUGCUGGGAAGAGUACCCUGAUGGGACAUUUGUUGUUCCAGCUUGGAAUGGUGAACAAAAAGGCCAUGCACAAGUUUGAGCAAGAGUCAAAGAAAGUUGGCAAGGGAUCUUUUGCCUUUGCCUGGGUGCUAGAUGAGACAGAGGAAGAAAGAUCUCGUGGCGUUACUAUGGAUAUUGCUCAAACAAAAUUUGAAACACCAAAGAAAGCAGUGACACUAUUGGAUGCUCCAGGACACAAAGACUUUAUUCCUAAUAUGAUAACAGGUACUGCCCAGGCAGAUGUUGGUAUCCUAGUGGUCAAUGCCACACGUGGCGAGUUUGAAACAGGCUUUGAGGCUGGAGGUCAGACAAGAGAACAUGCCCUUCUGGCAAGAUCUCUUGGUGUUUCACAAUUGAUUGUGGCUGUGAACAAGAUGGACACAGUCAAGUGGGCACAAGACAGGUACGAUGAAGUCACAAAAAAGUUAGGUUCCUUCCUGAAGACAGCAGGAUAUCGAGACUCGGACAUCUCAUUCAUUCCCUGUAGUGGACUAAGUGGAGAGAACCUGGCAAAAUCUGUGUCUGAGCCUGAGCUGUCUUCGUGGUACAGGGGUAGCACGCUUGUAGAACAGAUAGAUAAAUUCAAAACAGUGACUCGCCAGUUAGACAAACCACUGCGUCUGACAGUGGGAGAUGUGUUCAAAGGAAUGGGGGCAGGGUUCAGUGUGACUGGCAGAGUGGGGGCAGGAUCAGUACAAACAGGUGACAAGGUGCAAAUCAUGCCAUAUGGGGAAACAGCCACAGUCAAAGGGAUCAUGUUAGGUGAGCUGUCAGCCAUGUGUGCAUUUGCAGGGGACCAUGUAACCUUGACCUUGACAGGAAUAGACAUGACAAAUGUCAGCUUAGGGAGUGUUGUCUGUGACCCUGCCAAUCCAAUCCAUUGUGCCACUAGGAUCCGAGCUAGGGUGGUGCUAUUCAAUCUUGGAAUUCCUGUGACUAAAGGAUUCAUGGUUGUGUUCCAUUACCAGUCAAUCACUGAACCAGCUGUCAUCAAAAGACUUGUCAGUCAGCUUAAUAAAAGCUCAGGAGAGGUGGUGAAGACCAGACCUAAAUGUUUAACUAAGAAUACUAGUGCUGUGAUAGAGAUUGAAUUUGAACGACCAGUCUGCCUGGAGCUGUAUAAAGAUUUUAAAGACCUAGGCAGAUUUAUGUUACGGUACAGUGGUUCUACAAUAGCAGCAGGAUUGGUAGAGGAGAUCUUGAAGAGCAAAACUAAAACAGAAGACUCGCAGGGGGCUACAGCAUACUGACAUCAAGGAAAGUAGCCUCUGAAUUUAUGUUUUCCUUCAAUAUUUGGAAACUUUCAUCUACCAAACACAUGGUGUGUAUUGAAACUGUGGACCUGUUUGAAACUUGGAUUCAUAGAAUUUUACACCAUGUAUGUGUUCAAAUGAAACCUUGGCUUAAUGUGGUAUCAUACUCAUAACACAUCUCAGAUUCAAAGGAAGCUGAAGUGAUGUGCAGAUACCACUGGUUACUGUGUGACCAAAUACCAUUGAAUGUUAUAUGGUAAUGGUGUAGGAAUGAUAUGACAUGGGGCGAAAGCAUAAUGGCCUUGAAAAUGGAUAUAAAACAGGAAGAAGUUUUGGAUCUGGACUUGUACAAUAUAUUGUAUACAGGUUUUGUUUGUUAUAAAGAUGUUUAUGUAGAAACCUACAUAUUCAUGCUGUGUUAUCCCAUCAGUAUUGAUAAUCUGUAAUGGUAAUGAAUUUGAAUGGAAUGUUUACUGUUGUAUUCACACAGAACCAUCAAACAACAAAUUUUGAGAAAAUUAAACAAAGACCAAGGAUAAUGGCAGACAAGAUUGCCUGUUAAUAUGUGGGUUUUACCUCAGUUUGUACUGUACAAGGGUAGGUGCAGAGAACUUGUUAAACAUGCUUAAGAAUGAUUGGAGUUGUUUAAUCUAUCAUGUGUGUUGUGUGUUUUUACAAUAACUUUGUAUAGUUGUAUUUAAGGCUGAAUCAUUUACCCAUUUCCAGAAAGUCAGCAAUAUCAUAUAUGGAUGAGCAUGCUGCAGUUUCACUUAGCAGUUUUACCUUUUUUGUUUUCUUCUUUCUUUCUGCAAUAAAUGUCUGCCAUUAAACUAAAUGUAGCAAAGUUUGAUUUCAAAAUCAGUUCAUUUGAUUUUACUGGAUUACAGGAAACAACAUUCAUAUGAAUCUGUGGUGAAAGAAUUUACUGAAGAGUGCAAUAACAAUAUAGCAUUUUAUUUACUUGUCUUGAGGUAUGUUAUGGAAGUGUUGCUGUUUGUUCAGCUAGAAUCAUGAUUGUGUCAUGUUAGAUCUGUAACAGACAGUGCAUCAAUAUAUGCAAAGUGAAGUGGUUUUUUCCAAAUGCUUAUGAACAAGGCUUACUACAGAAAGAGAUCACGGUAAAAGCUAUUGGUAAUUCAUGUCUUGCCAAUGUCACCUCAUUUACCAUCAACAUAAUCUGAUGUCUGAUCUUGAUUUUUUUUGCCUCCCUUAAGAAAAUCCCUUUUCUAAAGCAUAACUUUGCUUUACACCCGUCAAUAUAGCAAUGUUCAACUGUACACAAACUUGCUGUUAAAAUCUACAUGCCACAGUACAGUUAUGUUUAAGCCGAGCAGUUUAGAGAAUAAUUGCAAAUGAUUUCAUGUGCAUUUGUUAUAUCAUGUUAGAUAUUAAACUGAAAUUUUUUUUUGUGGGACAUUUUGUGUAUGAGCUUCAAACUUUAUAAAACAUGCAAGAAAAUGCUGUCAGUAAGGGAUUUACAAACAUUUGUAAAAUAUGGCUGGUUUCUUGUCCUUUAAUUAUACCUCAUUUUGGACAGCCAACAGUUCUCUCUGUGAUGCUGAUUUUGCAUGGAGUACCUGCAAGUUAAUAAAGGUGUGGAGGAAGAA